AUAAUCAAAUCUAUAAAAAGCACCAUAAAAGCCUAAAACCCUUCCUUAGCUUUUACUCUUUCAAAUCUUAGCUCUUCCCAUGGCAAAUUCGCUCACUCGCUGAUCUUAAAAUCCAUAUUUAUUUUCUUCGAAAACCCUUUUUCUUGUUUUUUCUUAUCACUAAAAUCCCGCAAUGGAUUCUCUUCAUGAUUCAAUAUCAGCGGCGAACGCGGCGGCCGCUGCCAACGGCAACACCGUGCCGCCGUUUCUCAGCAAAACCUACGAUGUGGUGAAUGACCCAUCGACCGACUCCGUCGUGUCGUGGAGUAGCGGUAAUAACAGUUUUGUUGUCUGGAAAGUGCCGGAGUUUGCAAGGGAUCUUUUGCCCAAGUAUUUUAAGCACAAUAACUUCUCCAGCUUUGUCAGGCAGCUCAAUACAUAUGGUUUUAGAAAAGUUGACCCUGACCGCUGGGAAUUCGCUAAUGAGGGGUUCCUACGAGGUCAGAAACAUCUAUUGAAAACUAUCAGCAGGCGGAAACCUCCUAAUGUCCAGAGUAAUCAGCAACCUCAAGUUCAGAACUCAUCUGUUGGAGCUUGCAUUGAGGUCGGGAAGUUUGGUAUUGAAGAGGAGGUUGAAAGACUUAAGAGGGACAAGAAUGUUCUCAUGCAGGAACUUGUUAGGUUGAGGCAGCAGCAGCAAACAACGGAUAACCAGUUGCAAACUGUUGGCCAGCGUGUACAGGUGAUGGAGCAGAGGCAGCAGCAAAUGAUGUCUUUUCUUGCCAAGGCUAUGCAAAGUCCGAGUUUCUUAGGCCAGCUUGUACAGCAGCAAAAUGAAAGCAACAGGCGCAUUACUGGAGCAAACAAGAAGAGGAGACUCCCCAGGCAGGAUGAAGAAAAUUUAGCUGGUGAAAAUGGUGCCGUAUCUGCUAAAGGGCAGAUUGUAAAGUUCCAGCCUUCACUGAAUGAGGCAGCGAAGGCGAUGCUGCACCAGAUAAUGAAGAUGAAUACAUCACCUAGUUUGGACCCUUCGAUAAAUAAUUCGGGUUCAUUCUUGAUUGAUGGUGUUCCUCCUUCCAAUGCACCGGACAGCAGGAGCUCGUCCAGUCGGAUUUCAGGUGUGACACUUUCAGAAGUCCAACCAGCUUCUGCGCAAUCUUAUCUGCAAGCGGAAUCAGGUUUUCCUGACACUUGUCUGUCAGCUGCCGCUCAUUUAACAUCCGAGCAUACUAAUGUGGAUCAAAUUUCUCGGAUAAAUGAGCAUAAGUCUCAGAAACAUGGAGUUAUUCCAAAUGUUUCUCAAAUGCAAGGAACUAUGCCUGAUAGCACAGUUGGACUUACUGACAGAAGUUUGGCAGGAUCUGAGAGAGGCAAUGCGGAGUAUCUUGAUCCACUGUUAGACGUUUUGGAUGGUACAAUGCCCGUAGAAACUGAUAAUUUUUCUGCCGAUCAUGAUAUGGACAUCUUACUCAAUGGAUCUCCUGAACUUCCAGCAAUUAAUGACGUUUUUUGGGAGAAGUUUCUUGCAACAAGCCCUCUAACCGGGGACACCGAUGAAAUUAGUUCAAGCUCACUUGAAAAUGGUGCAAACCUGGAACAACAGCAAGCACCGGUGAGGCAAGAGAACGGAUGGGAUGGAAUUCAUCAUAUGAACCAUCUUACCGAGCAAAUGGGCCUUCUUUCAUCAAAUGGCCAGAUCAGAGGUUGAUGAUGAUCUAUGAUGCGGUCAAGAAAAGCUUUUUAAUUCAAAGAGAAAUGGUUUGUUGUUGAAAGGGGUUAUUUUUGGUGUUACUACAUGUACCAAUAACAUAAAUGCAUUGGAAAUGGUUAUCCAAAUACAUAUGUAUGAUGUUUCUCGACUAUACUUAUCAUCUUACAAAUAUGUUGUCUUUUGCACCUGUUUUACCCGUAGAUGAAUUCUAGGAAGAAGGAUCUUUUCGUAUGGCCCUCACUUGCCCGCUA